UUUUCUGCUUCAUCUGAAAACAAAGGUGACUAUUGUUUUUACAGUCUUCCGCUUCUUUUCAGUGCUUAAAUACAUUGAUAACGUAGCGAAAGUUAUAAAGUAGGUAUCCCAAAGUUUCUUCCUUUCGCUAAACUACAAAAAAAGGAACCUGCGUGAGGGCUGCGCGCGCAGAAACACAUUCGUAACUGUUUAUUAACCAUUAUGACGUACGUCCAAAUCACUUUCUGUGUCACACAUUCUGUCGGAAAUGUUGACAUGGAUAGGACUACAAAAACCAUUCAAAGACUGCUAUCAGCGAUUAGCUGUUGCUCCCUUGAAAUAAGACCAGGUGCAACUCACAGGUAAAAAUUGGUUGCAAUGGCGAACGGCAUGACGCUGAGGAACGACCUAGUUGAGAAAUAUUUGGAUGAUCAUCAUGAGUUUGCCAAGAGCUACUUCGAACGAAAGGCAACGUCUUCUAUGGUUGACAACUGGAUGAGCAGCAGAUCGCACCGGCCUGGAUUGCGCGCCAUGCAAGUGAAUCACCUCCACAGAGACAGUGUAAAACCUCAAAUAAUUCUCAAAACAGAUGGUAAGCUGAAUUCGUUGUUCGGAUCGGCGCGCGAUCAGAGGAAACCUUCCCUACCGCGCAGUAAAUCUAAACUGGAAGAUUUGGAUGAGAAAGAACUGUUUAUGGAGUUAAUCAGAGACAUCGCUAACGAACUGGACAUCAACAUGUUAAGCCACAAAAUCCUUGUAAAUGUCAGUAUACUUACAAAUUCGGAUCGCUGUUCGCUUUUCCUUGUGCGCGGUUCGCGUGAAAAUAAGGUUCUGGUAUCUAAGCUGUUCGACGUGACAUCUGAAUCAACGCUCGAAGAGUCAAUAAGGUCGGAGGAAGAUGAAAUUUGCGUGCCUUUGGGAGUUGGUAUCGCAGGACAUGCUGCUGCUACGGGUGACACCAUCAACAUUAAAGAUGCAUAUUCGGAUCCUCGUUUCAAUGCUCAAAUCGACAAGACCACUGGUUACAAAACUCACAGUAUUCUAUGCAUGCCAAUUAAAAGCCAUGACGGAGAGGUCAUUGGAGUGGCACAGAUCAUAAACAAGAAAUCAGGAGAGCACCAGUUUACACAAAAGGAUGAAGAGGUUUUUAAGAAUUAUCUGACGUUCUGUGGAAUUGGAAUUACGAAUGCACAACUCUUUGAAAUUUCAGUGCAAGAGUACAAAAGAAAUCAGAUUCUCCUUCAACUAGCACGUGGGAUAUUUGAAGAGCAAAGUAACCUUGAUAUAUGUGUUCAUAACAUUAUGGUUGAGGCACAAGAAUUACUUGAUGUUGAAAGAUGUAUGGUUUUCCUUAUUGAUGACUCAUGUGAAAGUCAAGACGUGAUCUUCUCCAAGGCAUUUGAUCUACAUCCAGGAGCUGUGGAAGAGACAGGACCUACAACAAGUAAAACGCACUGGUCAAUGAAUACAGGAAUUGCUGCAUUAGUGGCAGGUAGUGGCAAGGCUGUAAACAUCCCUGAUGCUUAUGCUGACAGUCGUUUUAAUCCUGAGGCAGAUGUUGAAAGUGGUUUUAAAACGAAGUCAAUUCUCUGUAUGCCAAUUUUUGAUACACAGCAGAAAAUCGUAGGCGUUGCACAGUUACUAAACAAGAACAAUGGUAAACCUUUCACCGAGAGUGACGAGAGUCUGUUUGAGGCAUUUGCCAUUUUCUGUGGUCUUGGAAUUCACAAUGCACAAAUGUAUGAGCAAGCUUGUAAGCUUCUUGCCAAGCAGACUGUCGCCAUGGACGUUUUAUCUUACCAUGCCUCAGCUCAACCAGCAGAAGUUGACAAGAUCAAGAACAAGGAACUUCCCAGCGCUGACCAAUUCAAGCUUCACACUUUUGAGUUCAAUGAUUUUGAGCUGACAGAUGAUGAAACAAUUCUUGCGUCAAUACGAAUGAUGCUAGAACUCGACUUUCUGAAUGCUGUGCACACUAAACGAGAGACACUCUGUCGAUGGUUACUGAGUGUGAAGAAAAACUACCGUCCUGUCAUUUAUCACAAUUGGAGACACGCCUUCAACGUGGCACAGAGUAUGUUUACAAUGCUUACGACGGGCAACAUGAGGAGGUUUUUCACAGACUUGGAAGUGUUUGCUUUAAUAGUGGCCUGUUAUUGUCAUGAUCUCGAUCAUCGUGGAACCAAUAACGCAUUUCAAACCAAGACCGAAUCUCCGCUAGCGCAGUUGUAUGGCACGUCUACAAUGGAACACCACCACUUUGAUCAUAGUAUCAUGAUCUUAAAUUCUGAAGGAAACAAUAUAUUCGAGGGGCUGUCCCCAGAUGAUUAUCGCUAUACUAUCAAGAUAUUGGAGCACGCUAUCCUGUCUACAGACCUUGCUCUCUAUUUUCAGAAGAGGGGCAGUUUUGAGAAAAUUGUCCAUUCUGAUACAGUUAACUGGAGCCAGGACUCCAACCGAGAGUUGUUGAGAGCGAUGAUGAUGACAGCGUGUGACGUGGCGGCAAUCACUAAGCCAUGGGAAAUUCAAUACAAGGUUGCCGAACUAGUUGCUAGCGAGUUCUUUGAGCAAGGGGACAUGGAAAGAUUUCAGCUAAACUCAGAACCUAUUCCCAUGAUGGAUAGGAAAAAAAAGGAUGAGCUACCAAAGAUGCAAGUCGGCUUCAUUGACUUCAUUUGUAUACCAGUGUAUAAGUUAUUUUAUGAUUUGGAACCUUGUCUGAAGCCCUUCUAUGACGGAUGUGUCGAUAAUAGAAACAACUGGCAGUCGUUGGCGGACAAGAAUAAUGAAGAAGCAAUGAACGAAUCAAGGGAAACAUCCUUCAGUGGAGACAAGAACGAAGCAAAUAACAAUACGAGAAAUUCAGCUGCACAGAAAGUUGAUAAACUAAUUACUUCAGAACGUAAGAUAUCCGAGACGAAAGAUUCAACAAGUGAGGCAAACAACAAGAACAACAGGGAUAAGAAAUCAAAGACAUGCUGUAUUCUGUGAACAAAGCUUUCUUUUUUCAUUAAACAAUUGAUGAAAAUUGUUACUUAACUUGAUGGUCGUUUUGUUUGUCUCCUUUCAAAAAUUUCAAUGGCUCAGAGAGUAUUCUUUUCAUGUAUGGAAUCGUUUUUGGGAUUUGAAGGUUACAAAUCUGUAAAUAUAUGAACAUUUUGUAAUCUAGCCCCCAAUAGAAAAAGGAAACAGCUCAGUUAAUUUAUUUAUCCUCUAAAAAAUUAUUUAUGAAAGUGAAGUUGUUGGUGACUUUUUAAAUAUAUUUCUCCAGUACGGAUCUGAAAUUUAAGGAUAAAGGAAAAGCUUUAUUUGUAAAAAGAAAGUGACGAUCUGUUCUAUCUCGAAUAAACGUGUGCUUGUGAUGAAACUGCUCUUUGUUUUGUAUUUAUCUGUGGUAAUCUCUUCAAAAUAUAUGAACCUAUUUUGCCAGACUUAAAAAAAUAUAGGUUCUUACAUGUGGGUUUUUGUUGUAUUGCAGGUAGCUGGGAAAGAUAUGUAUAUGUUAUUUGCCGGCUGAGAGGUCUGUAUAGUGAGAAACUCUGAGCGACCAUCUAUACGAACCGACCCUUAGCCGCCAAACAACGUGCUAUUUCUUUUUCCUGUGGUAAAUCGGCUUACAAGUGGGUGUGUUUACGCCACUGUCAUACAAACCAUUCGUAAAAAAUCUUCGCAACGACUAACUCAGAUGCUAGAGUAUAUAUG